CCUUUUCUUGUAACCUUGGCCGCAUGCAACACUAUCCCCCAGCCAACGAAUCGCAGGUCGGCAACAGAUCCUGGGUUCUGGAAUCCGUUUCCGCCUUUCCUUGCAGCGUGGAUCUGUGGUGUGUUUGGGAGUGAGACAAACAACAAAAUGCAGCUUCACGUUCGUGCCCAGUCCAAUCAUGUCUUGGAGUGUUCCGGCUCCGAGACCAUUUCUCAGAUCAAGGAACAAAUCUCCCGGUUGGAGGAUGUUCCCAAGGAACUGCUCUGCCUGUACAGCGAGGGCGCUCCCUUGACUGACGAUCUGUCUGUUGAUGGUCUUGCAUCAGUGAGCAUUGAUGUCACUAUUCCCCUGCUCGGAGGUAAGGUCCACGGUUCUCUGGCUCGUGCCGGUAAGGUCAAGGGACAGACCCCCAAGGUUGAGAAGCAGGAGAAGAAAAAGAAGAGGACUGGCCGUGCCAAGAGGCGUAUCCAGUACAACCGCCGCUUCGUUAACGUCGUUCCCGGUUUCGGCAGGAGGCGAGGACCCAACUCCAACUCAUAAUUUAGAUGCAGGCUUUGCAGCCAUCCUCGAUUUGUACAGCUUUGUGUAAUAAAAGUAUGGUUGCUUAAAAA